UGACCAUUAAGUGUUGUUGGUUUUGUAGAUAAGGAACUGGACAUGGAGAAUGUGUGGAGUAUCAAAAAGAAUGUGUCACUAGGCGGGGCUGGAGUUACUGGACGGGUCUCUAAUGGCAACACAGAUGGGCUCAACCUGAAGGCUAACAAGACCUACUAUUCCAGAUAUGGAGGGGUCAAAGAAAAAGACCAGUUUGGUUCAUCACUUGUAGGUGGUCCAGGACCUGGACUUAAUCAAACAGAUUCCUCCAGUAAUAACCGGUCCUGGAACUACUCGUCCAAAGGCUUCAGCUACUCCUCAUUUGGUGGAGGAGGCCAGCUGGCCAAGGGCGACUCCACCACUCCUAACAGACAGAGCCCACAGUACUCCGCCUUCACAGCCAAAAGUAAUAGUGACUCCUCCCUGUGGUGACACAUCCUUUCGCUCUAGUUUAUUGUAGGUGACAUAUGUGCUCCAUGUUAUCAUUGGUGAUGAAUUGUUAGGCUGGACCUACUUCAGUAGGUCUGCACCUAUUGUUCUUGUGCUCUGAUUUACCAUCAAUUGCACAUCCUUGUGCUCUAGUUUACCACU